AUCAGUAUUAUCUCAGUGGACGCGCGUACAGUAGUAGACUACUUUAUAUUCUGAGUGGCAAUACAGUCUGAUCACCACUCACUCGACCAAAGAGUUUCCACAAUGGAGAUCCUACUCAGGACUGUAGGAGCCUUGGAGAUAAUACUCUGCUGGCUCACAGCUCCCUACUACUUCCUACUACGAUUCACCAAGAAAAAGUAUAUACCUCCUAUACAAAACCCGAUAAUACUGCACAGUGCAUCUGAGCUGGCCAGGAAAAUCAGGAUGGAAGAGUACACCUGUGAACAAGUGGUGAGAGCGUUCAUACUGAGGUGUCGAGAAGUGAACCCAACUCUGAAUGCUAUUGUGGAGGAACGCUUUAUCAAAGCAUUAGACGAAGCUCACUCAAUAGAUCAGAAGAUUUACAAUAAGGAAUUGACGGUGGAACAAAUGGAGAAGAAUACACCAUUUUUGGGAGUUCCGUUCACAGUAAAAGAAAGCAUAGGAGUAAAAGGAAUGAGUCAGAGUGUCGGAUGUCUGCCUCGUCAUGGCGAGAAGGCCAAGAUGGAUGGAUCAGCUGUUCAGAGCCUCAAGAAAGCUGGGGGUAUUCCCAUAGCAGUCACCAACACACCAGAACUGUGCCUGUGCUGGGAGACAACCAAUCUGGUGACUGGACGAACCAACAAUCCCUACGAUCUUAACCGCACCCCUGGAGGGUCUUCUGGGGGAGAGGCUGCUCUCCUGUCUUCCGGAGCAUCAGUAUGCAGCGUUGCCUCUGACAUUGCUGGUUCCAUUCGACUGCCAGCUGCGUUUACUGGCGUCUUUGGACACAAACCUACUCCAGGCUUUGUUGCACUGGAAGGUCAUUUUCCAAAUUCAGAUGAUAAAAAUUUCAACAAAUUCCUCACAGUUGGACCAAUGGUUCGAUAUGUCGAGGAUCUGCUACCUUUGUUUAAGGUUAUGGUUGGAGAUAAGGCACCACUACUGAGGCUAAACGAAGAAGUAGACUUAAAAAAGCUUAGAAUAAAAUACCUAACAGAUCUUGGAGAAUCUAUGGUGAUGAUUCCAACGGACGAAGAAAUCAAACAGGCUGUGGAGAACGCAGCAACACAUUUCAAAACUAAACAUGGCUGCAGCGUUGAAAAGCCUCGAAUCGAAGAACUAAAUGAUACUGUUGAGAUAAGUUCAUCGGUUUUCUUCCAAAUGAAAGGCAUUCCUGAUCUGAUGACACUUUCUGAUGAUCCAAAGGCAAAGAAGAAUCUAUUGAUUGAAUUUGUAAAAUCACUCUUUGGAGCAAGUCAGUUUUCACUUCCUGGUCUUAUAUUUUCCGUCAUUUACAAACUGAACGGAUUUGUUCCUCCCAGCAAGAGUGAAACGUAUCAAGCGAUGCACACGUCUCUGAAGAAAAAGUUUUUGGAUAUUUUAGGUGACGAUGGUGUUUUUAUUCUACCCACACACCCUAUCCCAGCCUACUACCACGGCCAGUUCACUAUGAAGACUGCUGGGGUUGGAUUUACAAUGAUAUUCAACACCUUAGAGAUGCCAGCAACCCACGUGCCUAUGGGCUUGAACAAAGAUGGGCUCCCCAUUGGAGUACAGGUAGUUGCAGCACCAAACCAAGAUAGGCUGUGUCUUGCCGUCGCAAAGGAACUCGGAGAGAAGUUUGGGGGUUGGAUUCCACCCUCAUAAAUACAUCAUGACAGUUGUUUCCACUGUGAUAUUUUAAAUGCAUUUGUCAAUGUUGCAAGACAAUCAAAAGCGUAAAUUCCAAGAAAAUCAAAUUAGUUUGUUAGCUCAAUUGUACAAAUUAAUUUAUUAUUCAACUUGUGUGUCAUUUAAUUGUGUAAGUGACAUUAAACCAGAGAAGUGUGAAAACCAGAUGGAAAAAGGAGACAUAACAUAAUGUAUUUAAAAGUUGAAACAUUUAUUAGUAGAUAGUUAUAGCUCAUAUAACACUGUAUUACCACAUAAAUAACAAGAUUAUAAAAAAAAAAUUAUAAUGCCAAUUCAUUGGAUUGAGUUAAAACCUCAAAUUCUACUUCCUGUUAAUAUGUGUACUAGUCAGGUAAAAUACUAUGUUUAUUGAGACUCUAUGUUCCAUGAAUUCAUGUCACUCUUUACUUGUUUAUGAGAAACAAUAAAGCUGUUAAAAAUGAAAAUAAAGCAUAACAAUUAAUUAAAAGGUAAGUAAUAAAAUUGUGAUUUUUGUUAGAAAAACAACACGUGCAAAACGGAAUGUUAAAAAAAAUAAGUUUUAUACCUUACCUAAUAAAAGUAUAGCUAAAACAUUUUACAAGAAAUUAUUUUUCAAUCAAAAAUUGUGAUGUCUUAUUCCACAGUUUUAGACAUGUAACAAACAACAAUGU